CUGCACUCAAUUAUGAUGGAGGCUGCACAGCCUAUUCAUUAUUUCAUAUUCCAGUAGAAUAUAGUGAAGAUGAAUAUAAAUGUCAGAUCAAAUCAAAUAGUGAACGUGCAAAACUAAUUCAAGAAACAUCAGUAAUAAUCUGGAAUAAACUAUUUAUGGCACAAAAGGGUAAUAUUAAAGCAGUAGAUAUGCUUUUAUGUGAACUUUGCAAUUGUAAUUUACCCUUCAGCAGAAAAAUCUUUAUCAGAAUAGGAGAUUUUUGUCAAGUUGCUCCUGUAGUUCCAAAUGCUGGAAAAACAGCUACAAUACUAGAAUCAAUUAAAUUGUCUACAAUAUGGAACUCAUUUAAAGUUUAUAAUCUUCAACAACCAAUAGCAAAUAUCGAAAUUACAGCUUGCGUAAUUGUUCAUUCAACAGCAAUAGUACAAGAAAUAUGUGUUCAAAUAUGGUGUAUUAAUGAGAAAGAGCCUGAAUAUAUUAAUAUUAUUAAUAAAUACUAUGAAGCACUACAGUAUUCACUUUUUUUUCCUCAUAGAGAAAUUGGAUGGCAUAUAUACUGGGUAAAUAAUAAAAAUUCCACUAGACAAAAAAUCUUACAAGUCGAUUAUUAUCAUUAUCGAAUUAUGACUGAACCCCGAUUUUAUUUACUUGGUCGACUAUUUAAUGAGUAUCUGGUAGACAUGUUUAGUAGAGCAGAUGAUGAAAGAUUACAAUUUAUACAUAAGGAACAAUAUAGAUUUAGAAAAGGAGGUCAAGAAGAAGAUGAAUCCCUAAGUGAUGAAGCAGAAUUACACCCAGAAA